CCUACGGAAGCUUGAUCAGUUGUCAGUUUACAAACAACAUUCAAAGUAAUAAGAUCUUUAGAGUGUUAAGAUAAACAUUAGUCAAAUUUAUUAAGUGAAUUAUUUUUUGAGCAAUAAGUCAAAAUGGCACUAGUACCAUCAAACUACUGGCGUGACUGGUGGGAUGAUUUUGAAAGGCCACAUCGUCUUUUGGAUCGAUAUUUUGGAGUUGACCUUCACAGAGAGGAUAUCAUCCAAACAGUUUCUUCACCAUCCUAUCGGGAUUAUUUUCGACCAUGGCGAAGAUUACUAGAUCAAACAAAAUCUGAUCUUGGAGUAAUUGAAUCAAACUCUGACAAGUUUCGAAUUGAAGUUGAUGUUCAUUACUUCUCACCUAGUGAAAUUCUUGUGAAAACAGUUGGAAAUUCAGUUAUCAUCCAGGCAGAACAUGAAGACAAGAGGGACAGAAAUAAUUAUACAUCUCGUAAAUUUAUGAGACGAUAUGACUUACCAAAAGGUGUUGAUGUCACUCGAGUAAUGUCAACUCUCUCAACAGAUGGAAUAUUGACUGUUACUGCACCCAAGAUACCUAUUCCUCCACCAGGAGAACGAAUUAUUCCUGUUAAUCGUUCGUACUUUCCGGCUCUGAAAUAAUUCAAUUAAUGUCAAAUGAAAACGAUAGACGAAACGAUCGAAAGAUGUUACUUAUCACACUUCGAUAUUUUUUCUUAUCAAUUUAUAUUCACUAACUGAAUAAAUAAAUCAAUCAAUGUCUACUAAAUGUAGAUCGUUUUUUAAUGAUGUAUGUAAUAAUGUUAUUGGUUAAUUGAAUUAUAUUUUAUUAAUAUUUAUUUAGUGUAUUAAUAAUUAAAAGUUACUUACUGAAAAACUUCACUGUUGUUGAAAAGAAAACUCUCGUUCAUUAAUAAAAAAUGUUUUAUUUUUUA